AUGGAGGUUGCUCUGGAUUAUAUCGAGGAGGCUGAUUCGUCCUAUGAGAGCGAACUUCUCAGCCAAAACUGCACCGUGGAGCAUUUCCUCGCGUAUCUGCGGCACAAACAGUCCAGGAAUGCUUCUUCAGAUUCGAUAGUUCUGCUUCUGCGCAGAGGUGUCCAGCAACUACCUCGCUCAUACAAGUUAUGGAUGUUUUACCUGCGAUUCCGCGUGAAUCAAGUUUCUGCUGCAGUCUCGAGGGAAGACCUGGAUCUGGAGAACGAAUAUGCCAUAGUCAACUCCAUCUUUGGUAGGGCCAUGAAGUAUAUGGACAAAUAUCCCGUGUUUUGGAAGGAAUAUCUCGUGUUUUUGAUUUCUCAGAUACCUCUGACGAGUGUAACGGUUGUUAGGAGAGCUUUUAACGCGUGUUUGCAAACUCUUCCGUUGGUUCAACAUCGCCAGAUAUGGCCUCUGUUUGUGAGACUAGCAGAUAUUGCUGGUGGGAAAACUGCCUGGUGUAUAUGGUACCGGUUCUUUCUGUACAAAAAAUCUGUUCCAGAUGUUUUGGUUGGUCUUCUGCCCGAAGAUGAUAGUGAGAACCCGUCAAACGAAUUCAGUCUGGUGCUUUCCAAGCUCCAAGAGUACGAUCCCGAUGGUUCGUUCCAGCCUGAGAUGCGCCAGGUGUUCAACGAGUUUUCCCAGAGCUCCAAAUUGCUUUCCAAAACUGGAAGGGCAGAACUUGACAUUUAUGAGGAAUAUCUCGAGUAUGUUAUUGCUUCUGGGAGGAGGCAUAAGUCUGCUCCAAGCCAGGAUACCGAGGUGACUGAGUUUGUUGAAAGAUGCAUAUCCAAGUUUCCAGACCAAAGAGGGAAAUUGACAGUUCAAUUGAGUCGAUACUGGAUUGCCAAGGCGCAAUUGUACAAGGCAAGACUUAACUUCGAGAAAGGUAUCAGAGAGUCUGUCACAAUCAGAGACUUUACCCUGAUCUUCGAUGCGUUCGUUGAGUUUGAAGACUCCGCAAUGACAAAGCUUGUGAACAAAAUUGACAAAUUAGAAAGCGCACCUUCCACAGACUUGUCCCAAUUGGAAGAUCUGAACACAGAGCUCAAUCUGCGGUUUGCCAAGUUUGAACGACUUAUGGAAAGAAGACCGUUCAUGGUGAACGAUGUUCUUUUGAGGCAAAACGCCAAUAAUGUAGAUGCCUGGUUGGAACGAGUUUCAUUAUACGAUAAACAGAAGGAUGUCCUGAGUCUUUUGAAAGUUUUUGACGAUGCCGUUCAGGCAAUUGACCCUUCAAAGGUGGAGCCUGGAAAGUUUGGCAAGCUCUGGCUGGAGUUUGCAGAGCUGUAUAUCUUGCACAAUGAUAUUGCUCAUGCUCGCGAGGUCUACCAGACAGCAGUGAAGGUUCCCUUCAAAGAUGUCAACGAACUGAUCGAAAUCUGGGUGCAUUGGACUGAGACUGAAAUUGCAGAGGACAGCGUUGAAUCUGCCAUAAGAGUCAUACGGACAGCCAUUGAAGCUCCCAAAAGAGGCCAAAAGGCGCAAAAUGGAAGGCAUUUUAUUUCACUAGAUGAUGACUCGCUUCCACCCCAAUUGCGUGUAUACAAGUCUAUCAAACUGUGGUCUCUGUAUCUGGACUUGGUGGAGAGUUCCGGAUCCAAAGACGAGACCAUUGCUGCCUAUGAGAAGGUAUUGGAAUUGAAAGCUGCAACGCCUUUAACGCUUAUCAACUACGCCAAUUUCUUGGAGGAGUGUGAGGAUUAUGAUGCCUGUUUCCAGGUCUACGAGCGAGGAGUGAGUCUUUUCUCGUUCCCCACCUCUUUUGAAAUUUGGAACAUUUACCUAGCAAAGGCAAUCAACCUCCAGGAAAAAACUAAAGUCAGCAAUGAGCGUAUCAAAGACCUUUUUGACCAAGCUCUUGAGAAAUGUCCCGAUAACAUGAGCAAACCCAUUUAUCUGUUAUAUGCCAAGUUUGAAGAGGAGCACGGUCUGGCUACAGCCUCGAUGAAAAUCUACAAAAGGGCUCUCUCCGUCGCCACAGAGCCGGAGGUAAAGCUGGAAUUAUACAAGAUAUACACCACCAAAGCAAUUGAGUUGCUAGGACCCAAUUUUGCAAGGCAGAUAUUUGAACAGGCUUAUGUGGAUAUUCCAGUAUCGACCCCAGGUUUCGCCGAAACGGUGAUUGUGGGGUUUGCGUUUCUCGAGGCAGAACUCAAGCAAUUGACCAGAGCAAGGGAAAUAUUCAAGCAAGGUGCUGAGAUGGUGUCUCUGGCCACAAGAAAAAUAUAUAAAGACGAGCAGCGAGAACUUUUGUGGAACAAAUGGAAGCAGUUCGAGCUUGAGUUUGGUGAUGAAGAGAGCUACAAGCAGAUGCUUCGGUUGAAAAGACGGAUCGAGGAGAAGAUGGGGAAAAGUGUUACUGAAUUGCUGUCUCAAUCAGGUUUGGGUGAUUCACAAGAUAAGAACCCUCUGGGGUUCGUUGCUGCGUCUCAUGGUCCAAAGGUUAGUUCGAUCAAUGCGGCUCAUGAUGCUUCUGUGCCAGCUACUAAUCCUGAUGCCAUAGAGUUGGACAUGGAGGAUUUCGAAGACUGA